AUGCUUUCAAUUUUGCAACUAUUUGUUGUCAUUUUAGCCUUCAUCUCUCAUGAAUAUGAAGCCAUAUCACAAUACGUACCACCAUACACUUCUGUAGUUGCACCUAUAAACAAGCACACCGAUGUUGCUAAACCUCUUUACAGCUUCGACGUCAUGACUGCAUGGGUAGACAUGAAGUUCAUGCAUGAAAAGUUGAUCAUAGACAUCGAUGCUCCUUUCAUAUGGCAUGACUGCAUCUUGAUAUGGAACUACUAUGGAGUCCCUUGUCCCGUUAACAAGCGUUGCACGAACCCCGUUUCAUGCGAAGAAUACCAAUGCACCAGCGUUCGAACUACCUAUUCAUAUGUGAAUCCUAAUUGCCCUCCGGUAAACAACGGCUCGACAUUGCCUGGUUGGGGAUAUUGUACAUGCCCGGUCACGGUGGUUCACCCCGUUACCGGAUGGUGUGGCCAAGCCUUGCUUGACUACGACGAUUUCACCAUGAGCACAAGCAACGGUAGAGAUGUUUUUACUGGUUUAUAUGGUGCUUACCCUAAUGCUGCUUGUCUUUCUUCUUCUUCAUUUGCUCCAUCUUCUUCGUUUGGAUCAUUCCCUGAAAAUGUCACUGGGGUCAUGGCCUUUUCGACUUCGCCUUACGCGUUUCCGGCUUAUUUGUAUCAGCCACUCAAAAAGACAUUAGCUUUAUGUCUGCCUAGCACUCUGUCUGCUCCAGGGGUUCUAUUCUUUGGAACUGGUCCUUAUUACCUUCUUCCUCAAUCAGAUGUAGAUGUAAGAAGUUUACUUUCUUAUACUCCGUUGAUCACGCAACCGAAUUCUUUUGGAUACUAUAUCGGUGUCAAUGCCAUUGUAAUUAAAAAGCGAUCAAUCGACCUUCCUUCGAAUACAACUACAAAGCUUAGUACAAUCGAUCCUUACACUGUGCUAAGAACCGACAUUUAUAACUGGGUGGUUCGGAGGUUUUCAAUGGUUACGAAACGAAUCCUUAAGACAACACCAAUCGCACCAUUUGGGCUUUGUUUCAACACCAAAGGUAACCAUUCUAGUUUAAAACUUGCUGAUAUUGAUUUCAGUCUCCAGGAUGGGAAGAAGUGGAGUAUAUCUACGGCUAACUCCAUUAAGCAAAUGACCGAAGAUGUGUCGUGUCUAGCGUUUGUUGACGGUGGUGCGACAAGUGAACCUGCGAUCGUGAUUGGAACGUUUCAGUUCGAGGAUAACUUUCUGUUGUUUGAUUUGGAGAAUUCGACUUUCGGGUUUAGUUCUUCGUUGUUACGUAAGCAGACUACUUGUUCAAACUUCAAUUUUACAGUAACUUCAAGCAAUUGAAACCCGUUUCGAGAGAACAUAUUCAGAUGGAUGUGUUUCUAGUUUGUAUUCCACAUUAAGACAUUCUUGUGGGAUAUGUAUUAAGUCGUCUUAAUUGUUAGGCUAUGGUUAUAUUGUUUGAUAAAGAAGUU